GGUAGAGGCCCGGCGGGUAACUCCUCUCCUCCGCGCAAGGGGGCCCCCAUCGCUGCAUGCGGCGGCCUUCGCGCCCUGCAGGCCGACGCCUUCCUCCCGGCCCCCACCCGGAGAGCAGCAGCACCGCCUCCCCCCUCUAGCCCAGCGGCUGCAGCGGUUCCGCGCCGCUCCCCUGGGGCUGGCGAGGAAAGAUGGCCGGGCAGGGCGGCAGCAGCGCGGCGCCGCAGAGAGGCAGCGGCCGCGGGAUUGUGAUUUCAGACGAUUGGCCAGGCUACAGUUUGGAUUUAUUCACAUAUCCACAGCACUACUAUGGAGAUCUGGAAUAUGUGCUCAUACCUCAUGGUAUUAUUGUUGACAGGACAGAAUGCCUGGCCAAAGACAUCAUGCAAGACAUUGGAGACAAUAACAUUGUGGUUCUCUGUGUACUUAAAGGUGGCUACAAGUUCUGUGCUGACCUUGUGGAGCAUAUUAAGACUCUCAGUAGAAAUUCAGAAAGGUCCAUCUCCAUGAAAGUUGACUUUGUCAGACUGAAAAGUUACCAUAAUGAUCAGUCUACACAAGAUAUGCAGAUAAUAGGAGGAGAAGAUCUUUCAAAGCUGACUGGAAAGAGUGCGUUAAUUGUGGAGGAUAUUAUUGGAACUGGAAGGACUAUGAAGGCUCUGCUUAAUAACAUAGAAAAAUACAAGCCAAAGAUGAUUAAGGUAGCAAGUUUGUUGGUGAAAAGAACAUCCCAACCUGGUGGGUACAGACCUGACUAUUAUGGAUUUGAAAUUCCAAAUUUGUUUGUGGUAGGUUAUGCCUUAGACUACAACGAGCACUUCAGAGAUCUAAACCACAUAUGUGUUAUCAAUGACAACGGCAAAGGAAAAUACAAAGUCUGAAGUAGUAGGGUCCAAGCCUGAAGAUCUGUACAUUCAGUGAACUGGAAAUUUGACUACAAUCCUUGAAACAUCUCCCUGAAAACUAAUUUAGUAGACUUAUGUUUCUUUCAUCUCAGUAUAAAAAGUGGUUUCCUCUAAGGAUAGUGACUUUGGUAUUCAAAAUUGAGUGCUCCUCUCUAAAUAUGAAGCAUUGGGCUUUUAAUGUAUUGCAGGUUUUAAAUACUAAAAUUACAACAUACUGUGUCUUGUGACUAAUAACUUAUCUACCUACAGACUUGUGAAUACAUCUUUUCUACAUUUAGUGAGUCACUCUAAGUCACUUGUUAUUUUUACAGUUUGUAUACCUUGGAAUGUCAUAUACAGUUGCUCAGCCAUAACUUUACAUUGUGUUUUAAAUUUGAUUUUUUAAUACUGCAAAAAUGUAUUAACCAGAAAAUUCAGCAUCACUUUAGUUCAAAUCAAAUCCAACACUAAUGUUCAGUGUUAAUACAUACACUGUUAGGUUUCAAAUGAAUGUGUGUGUUUGUGUAUUUCUGACCACAAUUAUCUGCUCCAUUAGAAUAUUUUGAACUCCAGUAUGCAAUGAAUCUUAAUGAUGUUCUGAAAUAAACUUUUACAGGACACUCUUGAUUUGAACUUUCAAGAUGAGAUGAUAAUGGUGUGUCAUAUAUGUAUGGAUGUAUUCAAAUGUGUUUAAUAUACUGAAUUUUAAUUGAAAGAAAACAAUGGUGGUGAGGCUUCAGUUUCUAAACUGCGUCUUUUUAUUUGCAUGGGACAUACGUCACAGAAUGAACAAAAUGUUUUCAAGGGCAUAUUUCCAUAAUUAAAAAUAAUAAAGUAGAAAAGUUUAAUGUUUGCAUGGCAGUUAUUCCAAUAUAACUUUGGUUUUCAUAACAUUUUUAACAAAGUUAAGACAUUUCUAUAGUAAAUUGUCCUAUAUAGGAAUGCAGAAAUGACUGUUUAGAAGAGUCCUACUAUAAAAACAGUAAACAUUUAUAACAAAAACUCAAUAUCAUAAAAAACAAGUCAGCAUCAUAAAUAUUGAAGACUCUAGAGACUUUCUCUUUUCCUUAAACAGCAUUUUUGAAAUAAGUUUGUUAAUUUACCUGUUGUAUUACUUUGAAAAAUGUAAUUAUGUGCUGCAUACAACUGUUCUCGAUAACUUCCUGAAGGAAGCAAAUGCCAAGUAAAUAACUGUAACAACAACAGCUUUGUUCUGAACUGUAUGAGGUAUAUUGUUAUUAGGCUCUGGUUUUCUUUAAACUAAUAAAGAAACAGUAAGAACACUUAUUA